AUCAUUUCAACAUUUCCUCACAUCAAAACUUCAUUACAUAAUUUACUACCAAAAUAUACCAUUACCAUUUCAUUUCAUCAUGACGACUUUAUCUGCUUCCCUCGUUACAAUAUUUUUACUAUCCAUCAUUACAAUCACCCAUGCAACCACCAUCACCGUAGUCAACAACUGCGACUACACCGUGUGGGCUGCCGCUGAUCCAGGAGGCGGUAGGCGCCUCACUAAAGGAAACACAUGGAACGUAAACCCAGCACCCGGGACCAAAAUGGCACGUAUCUGGGGUCGAACUGGGUGCAACUUUGAUGGCAAUGGCAACGGCAAUUGUCAAACCGGAGGCUGUGGUAAACUAGUGUGUAACCCGGGUAAUUGGGGCACAAUCCCAAAGACUCUAUUCGAGUAUACUCUAGCACAACCCAAUAAUCCAACCGACACCAUCGAUAUCUCCCUUAUCGAAGGCUUUAAUAUCCCUAUCUCCUUCACUCCCACUUCCAACUCCGGUUCACUUGGUGGGAAGUGUCGUACACUUAGGUGCACGGCUGAUAUUAACGGGCAGUGCCCGCGAAACUGGAAGGUUCCCGGAGGGUGUAACAGUCCUUGCACAACACAAGGUAUCGGAACAUGUGGUGCUAAUGGUGACUCUAAGUUUUACAAGCAAAGGUGCCCUGAUGCUUAUAGUUUCCCUAAGGAUGAUCAAAGCAGCACUUUUGCUUGUCCAUCUGGUACUAAUUACAGGCUCACUUUCUGUCCUUGAACAUUCAUCAACUAUGGUCUUAUAAAGUGCGCGAUUUUCGCUUUUAGUAUCACCCAUGUUGUUAGUUCAAUUCAUAUAUACAUACAUGUGUUGUAUUAAAGCUAUAGAUUGAUGGAAAUUCAACUAUAUGUGCAAUAAGCUAGAGCUAGUUGAUCUUAUAUGUUCAGCUCUAGCAUUCUGUAUUUUCAGCUGAAAAAAAUAAUGGUCGUAAACUCAAAAUAUAUAAUACGAAAUAAUAAUAAUGUUAUGUUGUGUU